AUGGCAUCACAAGACUCCCAACCAUUCCACUGGCACUACGAAGAACUCGACGAAAAUGACUUCCAAGUCCGUGGCCGCGCUCUCUUUUAUGUACUGAUCGUCGGCUCCAUGAUCAUCCUUAUCGCCCUACUCUCCAUCUACGCCCGCUGGGUCUGCCUUGAAAACACGCGGCAUAACCUUCCCUCUAGGCUUCCUGUGCACCACGCGCCUCGCCUUCCUCCAAGAGGCCUCGAAUCCACGAUCAUCAAGGCUUUGCCGAUAACUUUGCACAAAUCAAAUUUGGGUACCAGUAAUAAUGGCACUGCAGUCGAAAGCGAGUGCUGUAUAUGCCUUGGUGUGUUUGAAGAUGGUGAUAGGCUGAAAGUUUUGCCGCAGUGUCAGCAUUGUUUUCAUUGUGACUGCGUCGAUAAGUGGCUUGUCACUCAGUCAAGUUGCCCACUCUGUAGAGCUUCUAUCCGAGCUGAAUCGGCUGUUUUAUCGAUCAUAACAGAGUAA